AUGUCCCGAUGCCACAUCCUAGCUGUCCUGGCCGCUCUCAGUACCCUCAUGGUCCUGUGCUCAUAUGGAGCCCCAGUUUCCUCUGAGAGUACGCACCUGAUGUGCCAGCCGCUUACGAAAUGUGGGAACACAUUCUAUGACCCCUUCCAGCAUUGUUGCUAUGAGGAUGCCAUUGUGCCCUUGACCCGGACCCAGGGCUGUGGGAAUUGCACCUUCACAGUCUGCUUUGAGCUGUGCUGCCCCUGGUCGGUCAGACCCCAGGAGGCCUUCAUGGUGAAGGGGAAAGGCCAGACGUGUUCCUCGGCCCCAUCUUCGGAUGACAGGGAGAUCAGGCGACCAGAUGACGCAGGACCCCGCAGCCUGGAUGAGCCUGGAGAGUCGGACCUGGAGUUGACUUUGAUCUGA